UACCUGGUCAUGGACUACUACUGCGGGGGUGACCUCUUGACCCUUCUGAGCAAGUACGAAGAAAGGCUCCCCGAAGACAUGGCGCGAUUCUACAUCGCCGAGAUGGUCUUAGCCAUUCACUCUCUGCACAUGUUGCGAUACGUGCACAGAGACAUCAAGCCGGAUAAUGUACUCCUAGAUAAACAUGGCCACAUCGUGCUAGCGGAUUUUGGGUCUUGCCUGAAGUUGCUGUCGGACGGCACGGUCCAGUCGUCUGUAGCUGUUGGCACCCCAGAUUAUAUCUCCCCAGAAAUACUCAGAGCAAUGGAAGACGGACAUGGCCGCUACGGGCCCGAGUGCGACUGGUGGUCCCUUGGCGUUUGUAUGUACGAGAUGCUUUACGGGGAAACUCCAUUUUAUGCAGAAUCCUUAGUUGAAACCUAUGGCAAAAUUAUGAAUCACCAGAACCGCUUUGAAUUCCCCGACGACGGCGACGUGACCCCGGAAGCGAAGGACCUUAUGCGACGGCUCAUAUGCAACGCUGAUGACCGGUUCGGCAAAAGGGGUCUCGAGGAUUUUCAAACCCAUCCCUGGUUCAAAGGAAUCGAAUGGGAAAACAUCCGAAACAUAAAGGCCCAGUAUAUACCGGAAGUUAGCAGCCCCACUGACACAUCGAACUUCGAUGUGGAUGAGACAGAUUUUAGACGACAUACGGAUUCUCAAGCGCCGUCGAGUCACCAAGGAACGUUUCGAGGCCUUCAUUUGCCCUUCAUUGGGUUCACAUUUACUGAAAACAAUUUGCUGUCAGAUUUAAACAGCUUGAAAACAGACUUUGACGCGACGGACUCGCCCCAAAAUAGCAAGCUCGAGGACCUGGAACAGACCAUUGCUGAUCUAGAACGAGAGAAGAAGGCCCUAGCAGACAAAUUAAAAGAAGCGCUCGAAACAGCUGUAAGUGCUUCAGCCGGUGAAAUCUCUGUCGUGGACGCGGGUGCCGCGGCAGGGGCAGGGCCAUCUAAGUCUGUGAAACAGCUGAAAGAAGAGGUGGCGUCUCUGCACAAGCUCGUCGCAGUGAAACAAGAUGAAAUAAACGGGCUCCAACAUGAUGUCAAGAAGACCCACGAUCUGAAAGGGGAACUCGAACGGCGCCUUCGCCUUAUUGAAACCGAGAAGAACACAUUACAAAAGGAAUUCUACGAUAUACAGAAUAAAUACAAGAUCCAAACACGAGAGUUAAAGGAAGUUAUAUCUAAGCAGAAAAUCACCAUGGAAAGAUUCACCGAUACGUCAGACGUGUAA